CGGUCAUGUGAUCUGCUGUGUCCAAUCACAGCUGAUCACAUGGGUCAUGUACACUGAUCAUCAGAGCACUGAUAAUCAGUGUGCCCUGAUGAUCUCUGUAGCCCCAGCAGCGCCACCUGUCAGUGUCCAUCAGUGCCAGCUCUCAGUGCUUAUCCAUGCCACCUGCCAGUGCCUAUAAGUGCCACAUCAGUGCCACAUUUCAGUGCUCAUCAGUGCCACAUCAAUGUCACAUAUCAGUGCCCAUCUGAGCUGCCUUUCAGUGUCACCCAUCAGUGCCACCUAUCAAUGCCAGUCAGUGCCACCUAUCAGUGCUGUCAAUCAGUG